AUGGAUUCCCAGCGACGACCUCUCAUGGACGUCGUCCCUCAGCUUACCUCCAAGAACCAAGUCUCUUCACUCUCUUCUCAAGCCCCACCCAUGCCGGCCAAACCCACGGCAAAUAUUGUCAUCCCUUCUGACCCUCGAGUUCGGAAGUCCCAGACGGGGGACUUCACAUCACGGUUACCUCACAGUGGAGUACGGACCGAUGUCGAGCAGAAGCAAAAUCUACGCUUCGCUCAGCCUACGUGUGAUUCACCCAUGAGCCCGCCCCAGCAUCGAGGUCACUCGCCUCCUCAUUCCGAUCCCCUCCCUCGACAGACUUCACAUCGGACUGCAGGUCCCUCCUCUUUUCCUGCACGACCAUUCAUGUCAAGUCAUGAUCAAGCGGUCGAGAUACACGAAUUGAGGACCUGCGUCAGUCAAUACAGGCAGGUCAGGAAGAGGCUAUCUGAGGAGUUGGAGAGCGAGCGGAGGAAGCUACGGCAAUCAGAGCAAGUCAAUGCCCUCUUGAAGUCCUCCAAUGUCCGGUCUUUUGAGGUUCGACAGUUGACCGAGCGACUGAGCGCAAGAGACCACGAGAUUGGAGUCCUCCAAGCGGGACUUUUGCGACACGAUGCAGAGCGGCUUCAGAUACAGGAUCAACUCAAAGCGGCAGAGGCGAGGAAUGAAGAGCUUGCCCGGGAUCUCGACUCUGCAAAGACACUUCAGCAAAGAGCCGAAAACGACCUCUCGGAUGUGGUACAAUUCAGAGAGCAAGAGAAAGAGGCCCAUGAUACAGAGAACAGCCGGCUCAAUGGUCUUGUCAGGUCUCUCAGAGACGAUGGAGUGGAUAACCGCGCCGAGAUUGCCCAGCUGAGGUAUCAGCUUCAACAACUUGAGGACAAACUCGACGAUCAGAAGCUGCAGACUCAGCACGAGGCGGAGGCUGCCAAGUUGUACGAUCGCCAGCGGCGCUGCUACUUAGCUUCGAGGAAUCAAGCGCAACGAUCUCAACAGGAGGUCGAGGGAGAGCUAGCCUGGGCGCUCGCCGAUGUCGAUGACCUACGAUCAAUACUCGUGGAACAAGUAGCGACGUCAGCUGCUGAAUCCUCGAUCGAAGUUCUUCAAAGGGAGAAAAUUGAGCUGCAAAAUCAGCUCGAGUCCACUCGUCUGGUACUCAAAGAGAAGUACGCCGAAGUGAAGACGUAUAAGGAUGACAAAGCUACGGAAUUAAGGAGGCGAGAGCAGGAUCACGCGGAUUGGGCAGCGUCGCGGAGGGAAUUGGAAGCGGUAAUUGCAGAACUGCGCGCAGAAAGGGACGGCCUUGGUGAGGAGAUGGCAAAUCUCAAGGUCGAUGCGGGACAGCGAGAAACUCAGCAUCAGUCUCUCGCCGAGGAGCUCAAGAAAGCUCAGCUCUCGCUUGGAACUCAGGCCGAUCGAAUUCGGACCGCCGAUCUGCGCUGGUCUCAGGCUCAACGGUGCUGGGAACUGGUCAAGAUCGCAUACAGAUCUAUGUCUAAGGCCAAUGAGACGUUGAAGCGCCGAAACAGUCACCUGGUCGAGGCCAUUCACGUUCAUGAGGAAGAAUGUCUUGAGAUGCAAUCAAAGGCGGACGCAGUCCUGUGCGCACAGCGGAGAUACUGCGCCGAUCUAGAAGAGAAAAGCAAGCAGCUGGCCCAGGCAAGAGUCGAGAUUGAAUCUCUCUGGACAGCAUUACGGCUUGCGCGAGGAGAGCAUGUCAGACUCUUGACUCUAGAAGAAAAGGCUCAAGGGGCCUUGGAAGGUCAUCUCGAGGAGGCGGAGAAAGUUCGCCUGGCUAGAGGACGGGAAAUUGCGGUGUGGGCUGAGAAGCUCAAGGCAGCGAACGAGAAAUUGGCGUCCCAGUCUGAGCAACUCGAAACGACUUCCGAAGCCUUGGCGAACACCAAGAAGCAAGUCAUCGGCCUCGGCAGAUCAUUGGACAAGACUAACGGGGAAUUGGACCUCCUUCGGAAUCAUCACUCUGUCACCUGCGCCGACCUCACAUCUCGAAUAUCUUCUCUGGAGAACGACAUCGUCACACGGUCACACGACCUGUUCCGCUGCCAGUCUCUGUUGCGACAAGCCGAGGAGUCCUCUGAAAUCUUGCAGAAGCACUUCAACCUUCUUGUGAAUUCUGAGUCUGCGCAGCAGUACGAGGUUCAUUGGCGGAUGGAGCUUGCGCGACAACGGGGCAUGGAACAGGCUACAGCUUCUGACCAGAGCCUGAAAGCUGUUCUUAGAGUGAAUCUCGAAAAAGCCACAGCGAAAUGGACGGACGAGAUUAUCGAAGCCGUCAGAGCGCAGUAUACCGAGUUAGAGGGAGCGCUCAGGUCCAAGGAGAAAGAGCUGGCGGUGGAAAGUGAAAAAGUCUGUGAUCUCGAGGCAUCUCUGGACUCUCUCAGGAAGAGAACAGCUCGGUAUUUGGACGAUAGAGACUCGGCCAUUCAAAGGGCAAUUGAUAGGGCGGAAAAGGCGGAGGCAGAGCUCAGGUGCAGAUUCAGGGGCAAGAGGAAAUCCGUCGAAACGGACGAUGACAGAUUGGAGAAACGAGUACGAAACGAGGCGCAGUCCCAAAACUCAGUGCACGCGUGGGACAAGGGCAGUAGAACCUUCCGCAGCGACCUUGAAACCCCUGCACAGGAGUUGAGACGAACGGAGGGCCCUCAAAUACCGAAGAAUGUUGCAUCCAGCGAAAGGAUACCUCGCAAGAGAGUUUAA